UAAAUAAAUAUUUGCAACAACUAUUUCAAUAAUAUAUAUUGUAAUAUACAAAAAUUGUUGCUCGAAAGGAGUAACCGACGAAACAUGAAAAAGUUAACGAUUUUUAAAACUCAACAGAUUCAUUCGUGAAUGUGCGCAAAAAGCUGAACGCUGUGAGCUGUUUUACCAUUUUUGUUUGACAAAACAAAGAACAAAAAACAAAAACAAUUAAAUCAGGCGAAAAAUUUUUAACCAAAAAUUGUGCAUACGUUUGGAAGAUUUCGUACAUACAUACUUUCGAUUAAAAAAUGGGUUUAGCCAAGGCUACAUCGAAGCAUUUGUUGCUGCUUUUAAAUUUUAUAUUUACGCUACUCGGCAUUGUUCUGAUAGCUUUUGGUAUUUUCGUGUUGGUCAGUGCUGCCAACAACAACGUCGAUCACGGUGAAACUUUAGCCGGUGCACUCAUCAUUGCUUUGGGUGUUGUUAUUGUGGUGAUUGCGAUAUUCGGUUGCUUGGCGGCAAUACACGAGUCCCGAACCAAAUUAAUAGCAUACAUCAUCAGCUUGGUUGUGCUGAUAUUGUUGCAAUUAAUAUUGGCUGCGAUGGCGUCUCAGGGAACCAAGGACGGACUUUCGGGCAGUGUACAUGAUGGUUUCGAGCAGCUGUGGGAGGACGAAGUGAAGGCACCGGGCGCUUUGGCCUACUACGAGGAUUGGCUGCACUGUUGUGGUGUCAAUAGCACCGAUGACUAUCAUCACAUACAACACGACAUACCACGUACAUGUUGCAAGGACCAUAAUUGCCAAAUAGUUGACAAUAUUUACACGGAGGGUUGUCAGGCGAAAUUCGAGGCAUACCUUUCGGGGAAGAUGCUUAUGUUCGGCGUAGUUAGUUGGAUUUUGAUUAUUGGCGAGAUUAUUGGCGCUGUUUUAGCUUGGAUGCUAUACAGUAGUGUGGAAAACGAAAGCAGACGUAAUUUGCGUUGGAUGUAAUAGUAGUAAUGUUAUGUUCUUUUUUAUUGUAGUGAAUUUGUUUUUUUUUUCUUGUUUUUAUGAAACGACAAAUACUUGAUUGCUAAAAAUAAUUGUGUUAUUGUGGUGCUGAAAAGUUUGUACUCUAAUCGUGAUUAUCCGCAUAACGACUGUACCAUAAAUUGUACGUAAUAUUUUUAUUAUUGUUCAAAGUAAGCAAAAUGCAAUAUUAAUACAAAACCUAACUAGUCAAAAUGAAAAAUAAA